AUGCACAACAACAUUCCCUACAACACAGCUCCUACUACCAAAGCCGCGGCCCUUCGCCGCCCAGAAAUAUGCAAGAACAUCCUCGUCCAGGCUACUACCUCAAUGAGUAUAGGUCAGUGUCCUCAAGUCUACAUGGUAUUGUGA